UAUAAAAUGCUGCGUUUGCACUUCAUAAAAACCAGUUGAAAGUUGUCAUUGGUACUGGGCAAAAUAUGAAGGCAAUCGAUGUGUAUUCUGCAGUGAUUUGCGCAUUUGUGCACUAUGCCAAUGCGCAGGAUGCUACAAGUGUGGAUUGCACCAAACCGCCACGUUAUGUUCCUCUACACAUGUGCUGCCCAGUGCCUAGCCUCACCACCGAUGAACUAAUGCAGCAAUGCGCCAAAUUCGCCGGACCGCCACAACCGCCACCGAUGACUAGGAGCAACAAUGUGCCCCCACCACGGCCACGUGGAGGUCCGAAAAUGCGUGGGCGCACGCAUCCACAUGGACUACAUGCACCUCCCUGCCUAAUGGAAUGCAUUUUCAAUCAAACCGGAGUCAUUGGCGAGGACGGUGAGCUCCAUGAGGAUAAAUUUAUGGAACUCCUAAAUACGGUAGUAAGGGACAAUGAUGAAAUGAUGACAGUUAUGGAAGAAUCCUUCGCAACUUGCUUUGAAAAAGCCACUGAUAUAAAAGCUAAAAUUGCCGAUAAAAUGAAGGAAGAUCCGAAGUUUGCUCAAAGAAUAACUAAGCCUAAAUUCCGUGCCUGCUCGCCUUUCAGCGCUAGGAUAAUGACUUGCAUUAACUUUAAGACAUUCCAAAAUUGUCCAACCUCUGCAUGGAAUGAUAGUGAGGAAUGCAAUGCAUUCCGUAAAUUUGUUAUGGAAUGCUAAGGACCUAAAUUAAAAUAAAUUACUUGCAUAAUAAAUAUACCUACUAUCUUUCGACUCCA